GCCUGAGGGAAGCCGUGCAUUCCGUUCCAAGGCGUCUGUGAGCCAGCUGAGUAUACGCCAUGAGCAAAGCUCACCCUCCCGAGUUGAAAAAAUUUAUGGACAAGAAGUUAUCAUUGAAAUUAAAUGGUGGCAGACAUGUCCAAGGAAUAUUGCGGGGAUUUGAUCCCUUUAUGAACCUUGUGAUAGAUGAAUGUGUGGAGAUGGCGACUAGUGGGCAACAAAACAAUAUUGGAAUGGUGGUAAUACGAGGAAAUAGUAUCAUCAUGUUAGAAGCCUUGGAACGAGUAUAAAUAAUGGCUGUUCAGCAGAGAAACCCAUGUCCUCUCUCCAUAGGGCCUGUUUUACUAUGAUGUAAAAAUUAGGUCAUAUACAUUUUCAUAUUAGACUUUUUGUUAAAUAAACUUUUGUAAUAGUCAAAAAUGCCUUCUCAAAUGUUCUGAAUAUAGAAUAUUAGCUCUCAUUCCAAUUUUUUCUAACAUGAAUUUUCCUGGUUGACAAUGAUUUCAAAGGGUUUUAUGCAUUAAAGUGGAAAAAUCUUAUUAAAUGUGAAACAUGGCAAGGAAAAAAAAAAAAAAAAAAAA